AUGGCCUCAAAUGCCCCAUCCCACCUCCACAGUAACAGUAACAGUGGCCCAUCCCACCUCCACAGUAACAGCGCCCCAUCCCACCUCCACAGUAACAGUAACAGUGCCCCAUCCCACCUCCACAGUAACAGUGCCCCAUCCCACCUCCACAGUAACAGUGCCCCAUCCCACCUCCACAGUGCCCCAUCCCACCUCCACAGUAACAGUAACAGUGGCCCAUCCCACCUCCACAGUAACAGUAACAGUGGCCCAUCCCACCUCCACAGUGCCCCAUCCCACCUCCACAGUGCCCCAUCCCACCUCCACAGUAAAAGUGGCCCAUCCCACCUCCACAGUAACAGUAACAGUGGCCCAUCCCACCUCCACAGUAACAGUGCCCCAUCCCACCUCCACAGUAACAGUGCCCCAUCCCACCUCCACAGUAACAGCGCCCCAUCCCAUCUCCAUAGUAGCAGCGCCCCAUCCCACCUCCACCUCUACAGUAACAGCGCCCCAUCCCACCUCCACAGUAGCAGCGCCCCAUCCCACCUCCACCUCCACAGUAACAGCGCCCCAUCCCACCUCCACAGUAGCAGCGCCCCAUCCCACCUCCACCUCCACAGUAACAGCGCCCCAUCCCACCUCCACUGUAACAGCGCCCCAUCCCACCUCCACCUCCACAGUAACAGCGCCCCAUCCCACCUCCACCUCCACAGUAACAGCGCCCCAUCCCACCUCCACCUCCACAGUAACAGCGCCCCAUCCCACCUCCACAGUAGCAGCGCCCCAUCCCACCUCCACAGUAACAGCGCCCCAUCCCACCUCCACAGUAGCAGCGCCCCAUCCCACCUCCACAGUAGCAGCGCCCCAUCCCACCUCCACCUCCACCUCCACAGUAGCAGCGCCCCAUCCCACCUCCACCUCCACAGUAACAGCGCCCCAUCCCACCUCCACCUCCACAGUAACAGCGCCCCAUCCCACCUCCACAGUAACAGCGCCCCAUCCCACCUCCAACUCCACAGUAACAGUGCCCCAUCCCACCUCCACCUCCACAGUAACAGCGCCCCAUCCCACCUCCACAGUAGCAGCGCCCCAUCCCACCUCCACCUCCACAGUAACAGCGCCCCAUCCCACCUCCACUUCCACAGUAACAGUGCCCCAUCCCACCUCCACAGUAACACUGAGCUGGAAUAG